AGACCUUGGCUAUGAAAGGGUUAACAUUGAAUUGUUUAGGAAAGAAAGAAGAAGCAUAUGAAUUUGUUCGUAAAGGACUUCGAAAUGAUGUCAAGAGUCAUAGUUUCUACUUCCUCUCACCUAGAGAGCCAUCAAUUUUAUAACAAAGAAUAAAAGAGAAAAACAGUUCAGAAAUACUAAUCAUGAAUCAAGUCUGACAGUAUAUGUAAUAUUUCACAUCCAUAGAAUUCCCACCUCUUGAAAGAAGAUAAGGAAAUGCAUUCUUGUUUCUCUUCUUCAGGGGAAAACUUGGUUAUUAUAGUUACAACUUUAUUUUGAUUGGGAUGGGGGGAUUGUUCUUUCCAUUUAUGUUGUCAUCAUCAUGUAUAAUGUUUUCUUUGUUCUGAUUGCUUCAGUCUGCAUCAGUUAGUUAAUAUAUCCUCCCAUUAGGCAUAAUAAUAUUAACAAAUGGGGCUCUCUUGUAAUCCUACAUCUAAAUACUUCUUUAGCAAAGUGCUUGCUGCAGGAUGAAGAGGGCAUGUGAGUAUUAUGAAUUUUUUGCUUGAAAGAUGUGCUGAAACCUUAAUUGAUCAUAAAUGAAAGUGGCAUGGAGGCCUUACCCUAAUAUUAUGUGUAUGUUGGCAGUCAUAUUCAAGUAAUUUAGCAAAUGGAGUGUAUAAAGAGUUUUCCUGGUUAGAUGAAUUAGUAAAAAAUUGUUAUAGAAUUACUUAAAAUUAUGAUCACUUUUAGUGUGAGACUUAAGUUUUAUACUUACGAUGAAGAACAACAUGCCUAGAAUGCUCUGCUUCUUUGAAGUAGAAUCAGCCCUAAUUUUUAAACAAAAGGCUUUCAGAAAUAUGGUAGGAAUAUACAGUGUUGAGUUCUAGUGUCUGUGAAUGUUGAUUUCUUUAACUUGUUAGGUUGGCAUGUAUAUGGACUUCUGCAGCGUUCUGAUAAGAAAUAUGAUGAAGCUAUAAAGUGUUAUCGAAAUGCCCUCAAAUUAGAUAAAGACAACCUACAGAUCCUGAGAGAUCUCUCUUUGUUACAGAUCCAAAUGAGAGAUCUUGAAGGCUAUCGUGAGACACGGUAUCAACUUCUUCAGCUGCGCCCAACACAACGUGCUUCAUGGAUUGGAUAUGCUAUAGCGUAUCAUUUACUGAAAGAUUAUGAUAUGGCACUAAAGCUAUUGGAAGAGUUUAGAAAGACUCAACAAAUUCCGCCUAAUAAAAUAGACUAUGAGUAUAGUGAGCUGAUAUUGUACCAGAAUCAAGUGAUGAGAGAGGCAGAUCUAUUUCAAGAAUCUUUAGAACACAUAGAAACAUAUGAAAAACAAAUAUGUGAUAAACUUGUAGUAGAAGAAAUUAAGGGAGAAAUGCUGUUGAAAUUGGGAAGAUUAAAAGAAGCGGGUGAAAUAUUCAAAGACUUGAUUGAUCGGAAUGCUGAAAAUUGGAAUUACUAUGAAGGCUUAGAGAAAGCUCUGCAACCUCGCACUUUAGAAGAGAGGCUUCACAUAUAUGAAGAAAUAAGUAGGCGGCAUCCCAGAGCAGUUUCACCCAGAAGAUUACCUUUAAACUUUGUUCCAGGUGAAAAAUUUAGAGAACUAAUGGAUAAGUUCCUGAGGGUUAACUUCAGUAAAGGCUGCCCACCCUUGUUUACCACUUUGAAAUCUUUAUAUUACAAUACAGAAAAGGUUUCUAUGAUAGAGGAACUUGUUACUAACUAUGAAACUUCUCUGAAAACUUUUGACUACUUUAGUCCUUAUGAAAAUGGAGAGAAGGAACCUCCAACAACACUACUCUGGGUUCGAUAUUUCCUGGCCCAGCACUUUGACAAACUUGGCCAAUGCUUAUUGGCUUUAGAUUACAUUAAUGCUGCAAUUGCAAGCACUCCAACUUUAAUAGAAUUGUUCUAUAUAAAGGCAAAAAUUUAUAAGCACAUGGGUGAUUUGAAGGAAGCUGCUAAGUGGAUGGAUGAAGCACAGUCCUUGGACACAGCUGAUAGAUUCAUAAACUCUAAAUGCGCAAAAUACAUGCUGCGGGCAAAUAUGAUGAAAGAAGCAGAGGAGAUAUGCUCCAAGUUCACAAGGGAAGGGACAUCUGCCAUGGAAAAUCUAAAUGAAAUGCAGUGUAUGUGGUUUCAAACAGAAUGUGCUUCAGCUUAUCAGAGACUGGGGAAAUAUGGUGAAGCUUUAAAAAAGUGCCAUGAAAUAGAAAGGCAUUUUUUUGAGAUAACAGAUGAUCAGUUUGACUUCCAUACAUACUGCAUGAGGAAGAUGACUCUUCGUGCCUAUGUUGAUCUUUUGCGAUUAGAAGAUAUUCUCAGGAAACACGCUUUCUAUUUCAAGGCUGCUCAAUCAGCAGUUGAAAUAUACUUGAAAUUGCAUGAUAAUCCAUCAACCAAUGAAAGGAAAGAACAAGAAGUGAAUUCAGAAAACAUUUCAGCCAAAGAGUUAAAGAAAAUGCUUAGCAAGCAGAGAAGAGCCCAGAAAAAAGCUAAACUGGAGGAAGAGAGAAAGCAUGCGGAAAGAGAACGGCAGCAAAAAAAUCAGAAGAAAAAACGAGAUGAGGAAGAAGAAGAAGCCAGUGGUCCCAAGGAAGAAUUAAUACCUGAAAAACUUGAAAAGGUAGAAAAUCCAUUAGAAGAAGCUAUCAAGUUCCUUAUACCACUUAAGACUCUUGUUGCUGAUAACAUAGAUACUCAUCUUUUAGCAUUUGAAAUCUACUUUAGAAAAGGAAAAUUUUUGUUAAUGUUGCAGUCGGUCAAAAGAGCUUUUGCUAUUAACAGUAAUAACCCAUGGCUACAUGAGUGUUUAAUUAAAUUCUCUAGAUUGGUAUCUAAUCAUAGUAAUCUCCCAGAAAUAGUGAAUAAAGUCCUAACCCAAGAAAUGCAGAAAAUCUUUGUUAACAAAGAUUUGGAAAGUUUUAAUGAAGAAUUUCUCAAACAUAAUGCUACCUCUAUUGAGCAUCUACUUUCAGGUGCUAAAAUGAUGUAUUUCCUAGAUGAAUCACGACAAGAGAAAGCAAUUGCUAUUGCCACUAGAUUGGAUGAAACUGUAAAAGAUAAAAAUGUGAAGACUUUAACAAAAGUUUUCGGGGCCCUGGUUGAUGGCAGCUUUGGAAUCUGUAAUACCCAGUAUGAAGAAUACCGGACAGCCUGUCAUAAACUAUUUCCCUUUACAUCUGCCUUUCUACCUUCUACAAAUGAGGAUGAUAGUAGCACUAUAUCAGUUAACCAAACAACUAUUAACCAUGACGUGAUGGCAAAUGAAAUUUGAAUGACAUAAAAAACUGACUUACAGCUUCACGGCUGGACUUAGAUCAGGGUUACUUUUCCAGGGUGCAUUUCUCAUAGGCAUAAAGUAAAAUAUUUGGGUAGUAGAAUUUAGAAUUUGAGUAUACCAUUAGUGUUUGUUCUUCUCCUGACUCCCAGCUACCAGUGUUUAUGUACAUCUUCUCUGUAAUCACCAUUUGUCAUGUUUAUUCUUGUACAGUUUGUCCUAUCAAAAAACUUCCAAAUUAUGAGCUUUACAGUAUGUAAGGACCGUCCUUUCACCUAAGUGUUACAAAAACAUGAUCAUUUCUUACUGAUUAAACUUGGACUUUGGACAAUUUUUGCUAAUUACGUUGAAUACCAGGCUUCCCACUACAUUUUAUUUCAAGUUUUUAAUUUUGAUCCUUCUUGGUGUAUUUUUUUAAGCUUAUCAUUAUGAAUGUGUUGAUUGCUUGCAUGUUUUAAAAAAAUAUAGACUCCAUCAUGGGAGGUCUAGGGAUCUCUUUGAAAAAUUGUUAGAAUUAUUUCUUUAUGUUGUUCAUGAUUUGCCAUUUUAAAUUCACAUCAUCAGUGAAAGGUAUUGCUCAAAAACAAUGCCUUUUUUUGUUUUCAGAGAUGAUAAUUUAACAAUUUAACCAAGAUACUCCAGCUUUGUAAUAUAUUGAUUAAGAAUGUGUUGAUUAGUUCGCCACUCAGUCAUAGAAAUUCAUUGGUCAGUUUACAUACUUCCAUACAAGUUAUGGCCAAGAAAUAUAAUGCUUUCUUCACUAAAUUAUUUUUAGAACUAUUAAGCGAUUUGUAUUAAAAGAGUGUUCUUUUGUAUUUGUUCUUCAAAGGAUGACAAUAGACUGACUAUAAAUUAUAAUGAAAUACUUUUUUACUCUAUGUGUAUAGUGCAUUAACUGGUAAAUGCCAUACCACAUACCACAUAGCAAAAUGAAUGUUUAAAUUUUGAUUAGCUUAGCUAAUAAACUAUAAUCCUGCUUAACAAUCAUUUUAGGGGAAAGGCAAUAGCUUUUCAUUCUAUCUGUAAGAAUAGUUCUCAAACCUUAAAGUAUACUGUGGCUUAUGCAGAAAAAUUGAAAUCAGUUGAUGUUUAUAUUUUUAGUUCAUUUCUAUGUAAAUAUUUCAGUAAUAUUAACUAGACCCCUUAUGGCACAUAUAAAUUCACAAGAAGAGAUUUUAUUAAGAUAAGUAAACUGUUCUAAUUAAAAUUGUUUCUGCCUCAUGUAUUUAGGUUCCAAAUUUUUGGAUAAAAACUCAUUGUAAAAUAAUGCCAACUGAUGUAAUGCUAUAAUAAAUUAUUUUGUACACAGUU